UUUUUCAUAAGCACGCCAACGGCCGAAAGCGGGACGCCGACAGGUUCUGGGUACCCCGUCCCGCGCCAGAAGCCGAAAGGGAAGGGUUUCGUCAAACCUGGGACUUGUCCUUCUUCUCUUCCUCGCUGUAUUCCAUAUCUGACUCUACCACUACCCUGCAAAAUGAUGAUGGAAGACUCCUAUCUUCACACCAUUCCCUUGCUUAUAAGAUGGACCACCCACCCGUGCCGCAAAACGGUUUGGCACUGCACACCCGCACCGCAAGCAAAGAUGCGGCACCGCAUUCAUGACAACGGAGAAUACCAGGGCCCCCAACCAGCCAGGGAUGCCACGGCCCAUGAGGUGCAAUAAUCCCUCGAUUUUCUCCGUGGCGCCAAAGUCGAGCUUGUCUCUUUGUUGAGCACGCGUGAAGAUACCAGCAAGCACCUCGCACGUGCAUUGUCCUAGGUAUUUGUACAAUCUAACUACUUCUGUAGCCAGCUUGACGAAUUACUUGCGCCACGAAACAAAUCCUCGUGCACUUAGUCGGCGGAAGGCUCCUACCUUCACACUCUGACUUUGACCAUGGUCGUAGAACUGGAUUCUUCGCGCACCCGAUCAUGCGAUCAUGCCGCAUAGCUGCUACACAAUGCGUGUUUGCGCGAAAAACCGCCACGCGUCGCAACACUGACGGCACAGGAAAAAAUCCGGUUGAAUGAACAUAGUACGAAUUACGCCACGACGGACAAAGCCACACCGAAUUCAACGCCAUGAAUUACGAGGGAAAGACCUUGACGGCUCAACGAGGGCUGACCUGAAAUGCGGUGCGAGCGGACAUUAAGCUUGCAGAACGAGUCACCUCUCCACUCAGCCCUCCCACUGGCCCAACGCACAGACAUGCGUAUAUACAUGUACUCGCUGAAUGUCCAGGGCUCCCCAACGCUUGGCAAGAAGCCACGUGCAGAUAUACAAGAACAUAGGGUAAUCAACAAGCGCGUCCGCGCAUGCGUAUCUACACAAUGUACAGACAAGAGGCGACCAAACGUGGCAUAAUGCAAAUCGCGGUAAUGUACGUGGGCCCUAGCCCUAGCAGGAACAGUACCCGGAAAAUGUAUCGCAAGUGAACUGAAACUUAAAAUUUAUUCAAGAGAGAACCUAAAAAUGAUUCAAGAGAAGGCCAUCACAUGCUUGUGCCGGAAAAUGGCAUUCCCCGUACCACGCCUGAUAAACCAACAAUCCAGACUGUCUCAUAUCAAGCUCUGUCAUGCCACUCUGUCGAGAGAGACUUGCCGGAAUCGAAUUGGUUGAUUGGCUGACGCUUGCAGCGCCGAAUUACCCCGUGCAGAGUUGCGAAAUGCGGUGCAACUCACAACGACGGUAUCACCUGGACGAAGCCAUCCCUCUCGAAUCCCGCCCGCUGAACCAGCUCACAUGUGCACGCAUCUCCGCUUCAAGCACAGACUUCCUCCAUGGAGAGAAUCAGGGCACCGACGUGUCCCCGCACCUAUGAACAUCAUUUACAAGGCGACACAUCCACGUGCCCCUGCAGCUGGAUAUACAUUAUUUACAAAAAAGCUGGCCUUCAUGCCCCCGCUCACCUCCCCCUCCACACGUGAGGAGGAUAUCGGAGAAUGGUCAGCCGUCACCAACAACAUCUUGCUGAAAAUCGCCUGCUUCCCAACUGAUGGGAGGAGCAGAACCCGUGCACACCUGGCAGGAUCCCGCAACGAAUGCCACGUGCCCGCUCUGGAGUAGCCAAGCUAGAACUACUCGGCUCUCGGAUCCGCUGCUCGAAUGGUGCUGUGGGAUGCCUUGUGGGCCGUGCCGUCUGGUGCCGUGCCGGAUCCAUUGGCCGCGUGAUGCCGCGUGGUGCUGUCUCGGAUGCAUUACCUCG